CAUGCCAAGGGCACAGGACAUUCCGGCUCUGAAAUAUAAAACAAAGAAUCCGCGCCGCCUGUGUGUCAGUGUCUGCUCACCCGCCGGGACCCUCCGCCCGUCCUUCCAGAUAUCAGAUAUUGGGGUAUCCUCUAAACAUGGUGGAAGCUAAUCAAAAUAAUCCAGCAAUUACAGCAAUGUCUGAAGAACAAAAGAAGAUGCAGAAAGCAAUUUACUUCUUCCGGACUGGAGAUCUCACUGUAUGGAACUAUGUGGUCCUUGCUCUGGCCUUCUUCGGGUUGUUCCUGGGUCUCUUUCUUCUGAGCAAAAACAUCUUGAACAACAGAAAGAGGAAGAUGAUGGCCUUGUACGAGACGAAGACGUCUGACAAGCAGCCGGAAGAGGCAGAAGAGAAGCAGGCUGUGGUGACUUUGGAGAAAGAAGACUCACCAGACGAGCACACGGCUCUGAAGAAGGAACCUCAGCCGGGCGACAUCGAGGUCCAGUGGAGGGACGGGCAGAUCACCUCGCUCUUUAGACACAUGUCUGAGGAGGAUGUGUAAAAAAAAAAAAA